GUCGCUGGUUACAGCAGUCGAGCCAAGCUGUUUUCCCUGGUUUGUUCAGUUUUAAUCCACGAUCUAGAUUUGCAGAAGACAGGAAGCUUGCAGUGAUAUACUGAAGCGCUCCAGCAGUGGAAGAUGACUGCAGGUUCGAUUGUUGCGCCUCAGAUCAUUCCUAUAAGAGUUCCCCUGCCUGGGCAGGCAAAGCACCAGGUAGAUACCAUCACACCCAUAGAGAUAAAGUCAGAUACUCCCGAUGUCAAUAUAUACUACACCUUGGAUGGCACUAAACCUGAGGUGCUGAAGAAACCAGGUUAUGGGGAGAACAGUACAUUAAAAUACCGGGGGCCUAUAAGGCUGCCUGAAGGCAAAGUAGCAGUGAAAGCUUUGGCAGUCGCCAGUAAUGGCAAGGAGAGUGCAGUUGUCACCAAGUUCUUUGUCGUGGAUUAUAUUCAGCCUAACCCUUUGCCCUCCACUGAAGACGAUGAACACAAUUUCAUCAAAGAAUAUGCCAAAGAGCUAUCCAUACAGGAGUCUCAGGAAGGCAUGGCCACCACUGGAGGUGGGCUGAAGAUGCGGAUGAACCGGGAAGUGGAAACAGCCUGGGAUGAGACAACUCGAAAAUAUCAAGCCAUGACGAUCGAGGGCAGCAGCACCCACAAGUCCCCUAAGGGCCCUCGCUUUCUCAGCUCCCGCCUUGGCACCCCGUCUCAUGAUCAACAUCCGAACCCCGCCCCACAGACUCACAGGUUACAGACUGCUUCAUCCAUAGACAGCGCUCGUAAAAGUUUAACCAGCACUCAGAUCCUGCGAAUCCAAAGAGAAACGGACUUCCUCAGGUGUGCACACUGCUUAGCUCCCCGCCCCUCAGACCCUUUUGCCCGCUUCUGUCUUGAAUGUGGUUCCCCAGUGCCACCAAUUCCAGGGAAGCAGCUCCCACCCACUGAAGGAGGGCAGAUGGGAUUAUGCGUUGAGUGCAAAACUAUGGUUCCAAUGAACACCUCAGUAUGCAUAGUCUGCGAGGCCCCAAUACCACCCCAGCUGCAGCCCCAAGCCAGCAUCCGACUGAAGGACAAGAUCAUCUGCAGAUCGUGUGGAACCGGAAACCCUCUAAACCUCACGCACUGUGUCACCUGUGAGAGCAGACUGUCUGAAUCACAGAGCUCUGUGUUCUGUGGAGAGUCUGCGCCUCCUCUGCUCAGCUCAACAGGGAAGAUGCUGUCCUGUUCCAAGUGUAGCCGCAUCAACACCUCCAACGCUCGCUUCUGUGACUGGUGUGGAGCCAAGCCCGGUCCCCCCGCGAGCUACCUGACCUGCUCCAAGUGCGGGGCGAGCAGCCACCCCUAUGCCUGUGGGGUGUACCUGGAGGCCCCACCCAGGCUGGACUCCCCCAUGGGCCAGGCAAAUACCUCAGACCUGCAGACUGCUGCUGCUGCCACUUGGCAGCCCCUGAGCAUCCCACUGCCCAGGCCAAAUGCACAGCAGGCUGGGAAAGUAGACCAGCAAACCCAGACUGUCGGCCUGUUUUACCCCUCCGGCAGAAUCCUGGAGAAGGCGGCACAGGACAUCAUUGAGAAGAAGGAGAAGCAGGAGCAGAUGAGAGAUCGCAAGCCUCUCGUCACUGCUGUCAGCCCUGGCAGAGGUUACUGGAGAAAGCAACUGGAUCACAUCUGUGCUCAUCUUCGAAGCUACACUCAAAAUAACACAGAGUUCAGAGCCCUGAUCGCAGAGCCCCGUAUGGGAAAGAUGAUUUCAGCAGCAGUUCAUGAAGAUAAUUAUGAAGUUAGCCUGAGGAUAAAUUUUGUUUUGGCUGAUGACAAGAACGUCCUGACAGGAAAGCCGCACAAGCUGUUGGAGAAUAACUAUCUGAGCAGCGUGACAGAGGGGAGAAGCAGCCUCUACAGCAGUCACACCAGUCUAGUGAGUGAGAACAGCGCUGAGGGUGCAGGCGUCGGAAAGAAAAAUAAAAAGAUAAAGAAGAAAAGGAAGGUAUUGGAGAGAGAAGACAAACUACCUCCUGAGGACAGGCAGCUCCUGAAGGAAGUGGGUCCUGGUGGGAAAGGGAGGAUCUCCACAGUACAGCAGCUCCUUGAAGAAGGAGCAGACCCCAACUGUCUCACCAAUGACAAUCGACCUGCUUUAACAGUGGCUGUACUGAACAGGCACCAUGAGGUGAUCCCUGUUCUUGUUCAGACAGGGGCAGAUACUGACCAGCAAUCAGGAAUAGUGAAUAACACGGCCCUCCACGAGGCGGCUUCACUUGGAAACCAAGGAUUGCAGUGUGCUGAAACAUUACUGGGCUGUAAUGCAAGUAUUAAGAAAAAGAACGACAAAGGAUUUACUGCUUACGAUCUGGCUGUGAAGACUGGCUAUGAACCUCUCAUUUCCCUGUUUGCUGCAAAAAUGGGCCAGGGGAUGCUGGACAAACUUUCCAAGCCCCGGAAUGUUAAUUCAGAUGGAUUUUAGCUGUCCUGGACUAAUGCAGUAAUACUAAAAGAGCUAAACUCCUUCUUAAUGUGUGAAGAUUUGUUUUCGUAUUACUUCAUGUCCCGAGGUAAUACAGCCGCCUUUUUUAUUUGUUUUGUUCUUUGUAACAUUGAUUGGUGACUCAGCAGGUCAGCAGCUCUGUUGGUUGUUUGCUUAUGAUUGUGGUUAAGUGGUUGAAACAGAGGGGUGGAGGAUGUUAAGGGGAAAAAUAAAUCAGUCUUUGUCUGAUGGCAGAUUCUGAAAAUGUCAAUUAGGUGAAUAUUGUUAUUCCAGUCUGCAGAAUGCAUUACCUUUUUGCCAAACACACCCACAUCAUACAUCAUUAGAAGUGACAAUAAAACAAAAAAGAUUAUUGAUGUAUUUAUUACUGAAGUGAGAUACACAACAAUUAGUCAGAAUAAAAAUGUGUUUUUUUUAGUUUUCUUUUCAUUUUGUACCAAAUUUCAAUUGCUGUGCCUAUGCUGAAAUAUAUUAAAUCCUAAAGCAAUACAUAAAUUGGAUUACAGGUUGAUCAAAUAAGCAAUGUAGACCUUUGCUAAACAUCUCUUAAAAAGCAGGUGAAAUAAAUGCAUUAAAUUUGGGUUUAUUGUAUUUCUGUGUGUGUUCUGUGCCAUGCUUUUUUUUCUAAUACAGCCAUUUUACAAUACAGGUUUUAUUUUCAGUGCUAUAUAACGAAGUGGGAAUUCUGUGUGUUUAGUUUUUUAUUAGCAUGCACAAGUAGCUGCAGUUCAUUAAUUCAUUAAUUCAUUGCAUUUCGUGGUGCCGUUGUGACAGCAUGUUGCACACAUGGUCUGUCUGUAUACAUAUAAGUUUUAUCUGCUGUCCAAACAACUAUCUUAAGUGGUAACGGCCAUAUGUGAUUAUUUUCUUUGCCUGUCUUCAUUCUCACCCCAAAACUUAACACAACAUAGAAAACAAAAAAUGUUUUAAUAGCAAAUUCAUCACACCCCAAUAGAACAGUUGCUGGUGUUUACAUGAAAGUAAAGCAUGAAUGAAUGUAUGAAAACUUUACAGAACAAAGACCUCUACACACCGGAGUGAACGUGUCGUACGACACCAUAACCAAAAAAAUAAAACAGGUAUUUUUGAUACAAGCCGUUUAUACUGAAGCAAUGCAAAAAAAAUAGUAUUGGUGUCUAUUUUAGCGAUUUUGUCGCGCGGCAGCUAGGGAACUGACCAAUGAGGAACAGCUUCCCUUGCGUGCCUUUGGUAAACAACGGUGGAAGAAAAGAUCAUUCUUGCAGAUCAAAAUACCCGGAGCUGUACAAUAAAGGACACAAAAAUUAUAACGACACGGCAAUGAGGAAGAACAUCUGGCAGUCCAUUUCCAGGGAACUGUAUAGAGCUGGUGUGUAUGAUUCAUUUACCUUUACUGAAAUAAGUA